UGCACUGUAGGCUGUUUUCAGGGACAAGGAGCCACUGUUUUUCAAACGUAGCAUAAACAUAGAAGUUAUUUUGUAGGCUUCAGGAUGCAGAUAUGGGUUGUGCUGCCAGCAUUGUUCUGCUUCAAGCCUUUCGUUCUGUGGUACAGAGGAACUGUCCACAUAUUUGUAGACGACGACAAGAGGAAUUGUCACAUGAAAUUCUGCCACUGGAUAGUGAUGAUGAAAUGAGCAGACCCAGAACUCUCAUCAUAAUGCAGGAUAAACCCAAAUUUUUGGAGCCUUUGGAUUAUGAAGCUGUCAUCACAGAGAUUGAAAGGAACUUUGAGGAUUAUCCUCUAAAAGAUCUCCUGUUUUUCCCCAAUGAUGACUUUUCAAUAGAUACAAUUCCAUGGGAAAUAAGGACGCUCUCCCUCUCUGUACCUGAAGAUGCAGUACAAAAAGCAGAAAACUUAUUUGUUAAAGAGGCAUGUAAAUAUUACAGUUCCCAGUGGCAUGUUGUGAACUACAAAUAUGAACAGUAUUCAGGAGAUUUUCGACAUUUACCACAGCAUGAAUGUAGACCAGAGAAAUUGCCCUCACAUUCCUUUGAAAUUGAUCAUGAAGAUAUUGAUAAAGAUGAAGAUACAACAUCCCAUUCCUCUUCAAAGGGUGGUGGUGGAGGUGGAGGUGGAGGUGGAGGAUUCGGGACAGGUGUUUUCAAAUCCGGCUGGCUUUAUAAAGGAAAUUUUAACAGCACCGUAAACAACAGCAUUACUGUUCGGUCAUUCAAAAAGCGCUACUUUCAGCUGACACAGUUGUCGGAUAACUCAUACAUCAUGAAUUUUUAUAAAGAUGAGAAAAUAUCAAAGGAACCGAAGGGCUGUAUUUUUUUGGAUUCCUGUACAGGGGUUGUGCAGAAUAACAGGCUUAGGAAGCAUGCCUUUGAACUGAAAAUGAAUGACCUCACAUACUUUGUGCUAGCAGCUGAAAAUGAGCAGGAUAUGGAUGACUGGAUAUCCACUCUCAACAAAAUCUUGCAAAUAAAUCCAGAGGGGUCCAUUCAGGAGAGGAAAAGUGCAGAUCUCACUGAUCUGAAACUUGAGUCUGCAGAUGUUUCAAUAAAUUCUGAAUGCCAACAAGAAGAGACAGAUCUGUUGGAGAAUACCUCGCAUCCAGACUUCGUAAAAUAUAUCAUGGAGACUGAAGAAACUGUGAAAACAUCUCGACAUGUGGAGCGGCUAAAUCUGUUCUCCCUGGAUCCUGAUGUAACUACCUUGAAUCCUCAAAAAAAGGAGUUUCUAGAAACAGAAUUGAUGAUCAAACCAUUUGAGGAAAAGGCUGCAAAGAGGAUCAUGAUAACUUGCAAAUCUCUCAUUUUGAAUCUUCAGGCUUGUGUUACUGAAAAUGAAAGUGAUCCUGUAACUAAUGUAGAACCUUUCUUUGUGAGCGUGGCUCUGUUUGAUAUCAGGGACAACAGGAAAAUCUCUGCUGAUUUUCAUGUGGAUAUGAACCACAUGCUUGUUAGACAAAUGAUUUCAACUUCCUCGCCUUCUUUGGAGAAUGGCACUAUUGAAAAUAUGGACUCAAAAGAAACAGAAGAGCCACAGAUCAAGGGAUUUCCACAGGAAUGGCUGAAAUAUCCAAAACAGGCUCUCUUCUCUAUAAGUAACCCCCACUCAGAGAUUGUGUUGGUGGCAAAAAUAGAAAAGAUACUCACAGGAAGUAUUGCCAGCGGUGCUGAGCCUUACAUUAAGAAUCCAGACUCUAAUAAGUGUGCACAGAAGGUGUUAAAAUCCAACAAGCAGUUCUGUAGCAAGCUGGGGAAGUACCGUAUGCCGUUUGCUUGGUCAGUGAGACCUGUAUUUAAGGAUAAUCAGGGAAAUGUUGACAGAGACUCCCGAUUCUCACCUUUGUUCAGGCAGGAAAGUAGUAAGAUUUCAACUGAAGACUUGAUUAAACUAAUAGCAGAAUAUAGAAGAGCAGAGAAGAUCAGCAAAAUACAGACGAUACCUGGCAGUCUAGACAUUGCAGUAGAUUGUGUCCCUUUGGAACACCCAAAUUGUGUAACAUCAUCUUUUAUUCCAAUCAAGCCAUUUAAUGAUAUAAAGGAGCAUCAACCUACAGUGGAAGUGGAGGAAUUUGUACAAGAAUCAACAAAAUAUUCUAAGCCUUAUAGGGUGUAUAAGAACCAAAUAUACAUCUAUCCAAAACAUCUCAAGUAUGAUAGCCAAAAAUGCUUCAGUAAGGCAAGGAAUAUAACAGUGUGUAUUGAGUUUAAGCGUUCAGAUGAAGAAGGAGCCAAGCCACUGAAGUGUAUUUAUGGGAAACCUGGAGGACCAUUAUUUACAAGAGCAGCCUAUACCGCCGUGCUGCAUCAUUCACAGAAUCCUGAUUUCUAUGAUGAGGUGAAAAUUGAACUUCCCACCCAGCUCCAUACGAAACACCACAUUCUGUUUUCAUUUUAUCAUGUUACCUGUGACAUAAAUGCAAAAGCUAAUGCCAAAAAGAAAGAGGCACUGGAAACACCAGUUGGAUACGCGUGGCUUCCUUUAUUGAAAGAUGCCCAGUUAGCUUCUCAAGAACAUAACAUUCCAGUGGCAGCCAGUUUGCCUCCCAGUUACUUAAGCCUUCAAGAUCCUGCAAGUGGAAAGCACUGUGCAAGUGACAUAAAGUGGGUAGACAGUGGGAAGCCACUUUUCAAAGUGUCUUCAUUUGUUGUAUCAACGGUAAAUACUCAGGAUCCAUAUUUGAAUAACUUUUUCCAGCAGUGCCAAAAAAGAGAAAAGGAUCUCUCAAACCCUCCUACCUCAAACUUUAUCAUCUCCUGUAAGAAUUUGCUGAAAAUUGAGAAGAUCCAUGCAAUUAUGAAUUUUCUUCCUGUGAUCUUGAAUCAGCUCUUCUCAGUUCUGGUACAAAAUGAUGUGGAUGAGGUUAAAACUGCUGUGACCAGGGUUCUCACUGACAUUGUUGCUAAGUGUCAUGAAGAACAACUAGAACAUUGUGUCCAUUCUUAUGUAAAGUACGUGUUCAGAACCAAGUCAUCCGAAGAAAGGACUGUUCAUGAGGAGCUAGCCAAGAAUAUGACUGGCCUUUUGAAAUCAAAUGACCAAUUAACAGUGAAACAUGUCUUAAAGCACUCCUGGUUCUUCCUGACAAUUAUUUUAAAAUCAAUGGCCCAGCACUUGGUUGAUACAAGCAGAAUACAGGUUCCUCGAAUUCAGAGAUUUCCAGAAUCAUUCCAAACUGAACAGAACACACUUAUAAUGAACUUGGCAGACCAUGUUGUUUGGAAAUACAAAGAUGCUCCUGAAGAAACAAAAAAUGCAAACCACAGUGUUGCCAGAUUUCUCAAGCGCUGUUUUACGUUUAUGGAUCGUGGUUCUGUGUUCAGGAUGAUCAACAGCUAUAUAAGCAUGUUUGGAGCAGGAGUUCCCAAGGUUUUGUAUCAGUAUAAAUUUGAUUUUCUUCAAGAAGUUUGCCAUCAUGAACACUUUAUUCCUUUGUGCCUGCCCAUACGAUCGGUACACAUUCCAGACCCAAUGACGCCUUCAGAAUCAACGCAGGAAUAUCAUGCAUCAGAUAUUCCAGAAUACACCCUGACCAAUGAAUUUUGUCGCAAACAUUUCUUAAUUGGAUUGCUGCUCCGGGAGGUUGGCUUUGCGCUUCAAGAAGACCAGGAUAUUAGGCACCUAGCUUUGGCUGUACUUAAAAACCUAAUGGCAAAACAUUCCUUUGAUGAUCGAUAUGCAGAGCCGGAGAAGCAGGCACAAAUAGCAAACCUGUACAUGCCACUCUAUGGCAUGCUUCUGGACAAUAUGCCAAGGAUUUACAUGAAGGAUAUGUUUCUUUUCAACAUAAAUACAUCGAACCAGGGAUCUAGGGAUGAUUUGAGCACUGCUGGAGGAUUUCCAAAUCAGACAGCUAUGAAACAUGCAAACUCUGUGGAUACAUCCUUUUCCAAAGAUGUCCUGAACUCUAUAGCAGCCUUUUCAUCAAUAGCUAUCUCUGCAGCAAACCAUGCUGACUCCAGAGCUUCCUUAGCAAGUCUUGACUCUAACCCAAGUACCAAUGAAAAAAACAGUGAGAGAACUGACACCUGUGAAAAGAUUGUGAGACCUGUAUCUUUGAUUGGAUCAACUUUGCGGUUUGACAAGUUAGAUCAAGCAGAAACGAGAAGCCUUCUUAUGUGUUUCCUUCACAUUAUGAAAACAAUUUCAGAAGACACACUGAUUUCCUAUUGGCAGAGAGCUCCACUCACAGAGAUAACAGACUUUUUCAGCAUUUUAGAAGUUUGCCUGCAGAAUUUUAGAUAUCUAGGAAAACGCAAUAUAGUAAGGAAAAUUGCUGCUGCAUUUAAAUUUGUUCAGGCCACCCAGAAUAAUGGAACACUUAAGGGGUCUAACUCAUCAUGCCAGACAUCUGGUCUCCUGUCACAAUGGAUGCAUUCUGCUUCAAGUCAUGAUGGCCACAAACAACACAGAUCUCAAACAUUACCAAUAAUACGUGGCAAAAAUGCAUUUUCCAACCCCAAAUUGCUGCAAAUGAUAGAGAAUACCAUUGCAAGUGGCUCCAAUGAAACAGACAUUGUUCAUUAUGUAGACACAGAAGCAAAUAUUGCCACAGAAGUUUGCGUCACCAUUCUUGACUUAUUGGGUCUCUUCACUCAGAACCACCAGAGACAACUCCAGCAAUCCGAUUGUCAGAAUGCACUAAUGAAAAAGGUCUUUGAUACCUAUCUCCUUUUUCUGCAAAUCAACCAGUCUGCAGUAGCCCUCAAGCAUGUCUUUGCUGCCUUACGGCUGUUUGUGAGCAAGUUCCCAUCCGCAUUCUUUCAAGGGCAGGCAGACCUGUGUGGAUCAUUCUGCUAUGAAAUUCUGAAGUGCUGCAACCAUCGGUCACGAUCAACUCAGACAGAGGCAUCUGCUCUUCUUUAUUUUUUCAUGAGGAAGAAUUUUGAAUUUAACAAGCAGAAGUCAAUAGUCAGAUCCCACCUACAGCUCAUCAAAGCUGUAAGCCAGCUGAUUGCAGAUGCAGGGAUUGGAGGGUCUCGGUUUCAGCAUUCGCUUGCUAUUAUAAAUAAUUUUGCAAAUGGAGACAAGCAGAUGAAAAACAGUAACUUCCCAGCAGAAGUAAAGGACCUGACCAAACGCAUCAGGACAGUUUUAAUGGCGACAGCUCAGAUGAAGGAACAUGAGAAGGAUCCAGAGAUGCUUGUGGAUCUGCAGUACAGCUUAGCAAACUCCUAUGCCAGCACACCUGAAUUGCGUAGGACUUGGCUUGAAAGCAUGGCCAAGAUUCAUGUUAGAAAUGGAGAUUUGUCAGAGGCUGCUAUGUGCUAUAUCCAUAUUGCUGCCCUCAUUGCAGAAUACCUGAAAAGAAAGGGUUACUGGAAAAUGGAAAAGAUUUGCACUUCACGUAUGCUCCUGGAAGAUGCUCAAGUCUCUGAUAGUAAUCUGUUACUAACAACUCACACUGGAGGAAGCUUAUUUUCCAUGGGAUGGUCAGCUUUCCUAAACAUAACCCCAAACAUCAAAGAAGAAGGAGCUAUGAAGGAAGACUCUGGAAUGCAAGAUACCCCAUACAAUGAGGGCAUCCUUGUGGAGCAGCUGGAGUUAUGUGUAGAAUACCUGUGGAAGUCUGAAAGAUAUGAACUCAUUGCGGAGGUUAACAAGCCUAUCAUUGCUGUGUUUGAGAAGCAAAGAAACUUUAAAAAACUUUCAGAACUGUACUAUGACAUUCAUCGAUCCUACCUGAAGGUCACAGAAGUAGUGAAUUCUGAGAAACGUUUGUUUGGAAGAUAUUACCGUGUGGCAUUUUAUGGACAGGCUGUGGGCUUUUUUGAAGAAGAGGAAGGCAAAGAGUAUAUCUACAAAGAACCCAAGUUAACUGGCCUGUCUGAGAUUUCUCAGAGACUAUUGAAACUUUACGCUGAUAAAUUUGGAGCAGAUAAUGUGAAAAUAAUUCAGGAUUCCAAUAAGGUCAAUCCCAAAGACUUGGAUCCAAAAUAUGCCUAUAUCCAGGUCACAUAUGUUACACCUUUCUUUGAAGAGAAGGAAGCUGAGGACAGAAAAACUGACUUUGAAAUGCAUCACAAUAUCAACCGUUUUGUGUUUGAAACACCUUUCACACUGUCAGGAAAAAAACACGGAGGGGUAGAGGAGCAAUGCAAAAGACGGACAAUCUUGACAACCAGUCACUUAUUCCCUUAUGUGAAGAAGCGCAUUCAAGUUAUAAGCCAAACAAGCACAGAACUAAACCCUAUUGAAGUAGCGAUUGAUGAGAUGUCCAAAAAAGUUUCAGAACUUAAUCAGCUUUGCACAAUGGAAGAAGUGGACAUGAUUAGACUUCAACUCAAGCUUCAAGGAAGUGUCAGUGUAAAGAUCAAUGCAGGACCAAUGGCAUAUGCUCGAGCUUUCCUUGAAGAAACAAAUGCUAAGAAGUAUCCUGAUAACCAAGUCAAACUCCUGAAAGAAAUCUUCAGGCAGUUUGCAGAAGCAUGCGGGCAUGCUCUUGAAGUUAACGAACGUCUUAUUAAAGAUGAUCAGUUAGAAUACCAGGAAGAACUGAAGUCUCAUUAUAAGGAUAUGCUCAGUGAGCUCUCUCUAGUCAUGAAUGAACAGAUUACAUACAAGGAGGAUCCAGCAAAACAGCAAGGAAUGGAGCGAACUUAUUCACGAGCCAUCUCUAGGACAAACACACUUGUGCCAGGAGCGCUAAUGCCAUCAAAUCCUGAAGCUUGACCAAAACAUCAAUGACAUUAUCCAGACCUCUGUAGAACUUUAUUCUUUUAAAAAAAGGAUCAUGAACAUGACAAUGGAUCAUGUGAUAUGGUUUUAAUUUAUUGGAUAUCUUGAUAGUGAUGAUUUUUUUUAAAUUGCUAGUUUGAUAUCCAUUGAAUGUUUAGUUCCACAGCAAACCCUAAGUUUGCAGUCAAUAAUAAUAUAUCUAAUACUGAGUCCUGGUAUAUUUUAAAGGUAAAAUUGGAUGUUUUAUAACAUUUAAGUAAAUUGCAAUUGUAAAUAGAGGAUGUGUAAAAUAUGUCAUUUUUACAGAAUUUAAAAGAAUACCUUUUUAGUUAAUAAUUAUGAUAGUACUAAUAAUGUGGAUAACAUUUCAGAUACCAUUAUAUUAAAAUAUUUGUGUAUGUGUA